CUUGUCUGCGUCCACGGUUGCCAGUUUGUUUCACGCCACUCGAGCAGUAACCGGUGUUAUUUUCUUUUUUUUUUUUACUUUUUGGUUAAUAAAAAAAGAAUGUCUCGUGAAUACUUUUGAUCUUUAUACGUGUUGUGUAAAUCAAUUGUUGUGCUUGUCUCGCGCCUCAUUAUAUGACAAAAUCAUGUCUUCCUGUGUUUAGAAUCAAUCUAUUCCAAUUACUCCAAAAUGAUACUUCUAAAGUUACUUCCUUCGAAACUUGUGUGUCGCAUAGUUAUCACGUCCUACUUUACUCAGUGUGCAUUUAAAAGAUAAUGCAUUUUCAGCAAAAAAAAGUGAGAGAAUUAAAAUAGUGGAUAAUUUUAAUCAAGGUGAAUCGAAUAUUGGUUAUGUUUACAACAGUUACUUUCCCCAUAUGCGUGUAAAAUAUUGUCCGGUGUUGUGUUGUGAAUCAACAAGUGUCAUGGAUUGAUCGUAAUUUCUUUUUUUAACAAUACAAUUUAUCUUGAAGAAAUUAUAAAUCAUUGAGAAUGACAAUUAUCAAUUUUUGUUGAUAGUGAAAAUACUUUGAUAUUGAAAGAUAAUUUCAUUGGAUUAUUGAAAAAUUUGUGUUGUAAAACAUAUUCUUGAAAUACAAGUGUGUGAUGCUGGAUGGUAAAAAGGAAUAUAGUCUUGUGUUUGUGUGUGCAUAUAAUUAAAAAAAGUUUUUACCGCUUGCCGGCCAAGAGAACCGAUCUGUGAUCGUUUGUUCAUCUCACGUGCCCUUGGAUGAAUAUUACGUCAAAGAUUUUGUCGUUGAAUUCUCAAAAUGGAAGUCGUUUAUAUAGAUGAACGGGAGGAUGUGCAAAAGAAGACGUUUGCAAAAUGGAUAAAUUCACAACUUCUUAAGAAUAAUCAUGAACCAAUUGCGGAUUUGUUUGUCGAUUUGCGAGAUGGAAAUCGUCUUUUAUCCUUAUUGGAGGUUCUUACGGCCAAGGGAUAUAAAAGAGAACGUGGUCGUAUGAGAGUUCAUCAUCUGAAUAAUGUGAAUAAAGCAUUGCAAAUUCUCGAGCAAAACAAUGUGAAACUUGUCAAUAUCAGUAGUAAUGAUAUCGUUGAUGGAAAUCCAAAAUUAACUCUCGGCUUAGUGUGGAGUAUCAUUUUACAUUGGCAGGUUCAAUAUCACUUGAAAGAUUUAAUGUCAGAAUUACAGCAGACAAAUUUGGAGAAGACACUUCUUGCCUGGUGUCGACAACAUUCACAGAAUUAUCCAGGUGUUGAUAUAAAAAAUUUUACAACAUCUUGGUCAGAUGGAUUGGCAUUCAAUGCACUUCUUCACAGGUGGAAACCGCAGUCAUUUGAUUUUAAUAAUAUUUCACGUAAACAUCCAAAUGCACGAUUAGAACACGCUUUUCGUUUCGCGCAGGAACAUCUUUCGAUUGAACGACUUUUAGAUCCAGAGGAUGUCAAUACGGCAGUGCCUGAUAAAAAAUCAAUAAUGAUGUACGUCAUGUGUCUUUUUCAAUCGUUACCUCACUCUGGUGAUGAUGUUUCUGCUAUUGAUAUUUCCACCGCUAGUGAUACUACAAGUCCUGCUACUACUCCAAGCGCAGAGAGUUCAUUAUCGUUUACGAAUUUUGAAGUGCCAACUUCAAGACCUAUGAGCCUCGCUACUAAUGUUUCGGUUGAAUUGGGUGGUUAUCAAGUUGCGCUUGAGGAAGUUUUGACUUGGUUAUUGGGUGCUGAAGAUAAAUUAAAUCACGCCCCGGAACCUGGCGAUACUUUAGAAAUCUUGAAAGAACAAUUUCACGAGCAUGAAACAUUUUUAAUGGAAUUAUCUGGACAUCGAGAUGGAGUCGGCGCUGUUUUAGAGGAAGGCGCACGACUAUUGGCAGAUGGAGGUUUACAAAAAGAUGAGGAGCAUGAAGUGCGAAUGCAAAUGUCCUUACUUAAUUCACGUUGGGAAGGACUUCGAAUGCGAGCAAUGGAGCGACAAACAAAAAUUCACGAGAUUUUGAUGGGAAAGCAACAAAGUCAAUUGGAUUCUUUGAGACAAUGGUUGACAAAAACAGAAGACAAAAUUUCUCACAUGGCUGACGUUGAAUCGAAACAAUUAUCUUUAGAGGAGCAAAUAAAAUUAUUGGAUGAAUUAGAGGAGAAUAUUCAGGGACAGCAAAAUGUUGUAGAUGGAUUAAAGAAUAUGAUUGUUGUGGUUGAUGAGGAUAAUUCUGAAACUGUAUAUGCUGAGAUGGAGGAUCAACUUUCAGCUCUUGGAGAACGUUGGACUCAUAUUUGUCAAUGGAAGCAAAAACGAAGGCACGAUUUUGAAAUACUCUCUCUAUUAUGGAAAGAUGCAAUGGAGGAGUAUAAAAAAUUGGUAACACGACUUAACGAAACGGAAAUUACAUUAAAGCAAAUGGAAGCAAGUCCCGCUUCAGAAUUGGGUGAAAUUUUGGAGAGAAUAAAGAAAAUGCAUUUUCUUAAAAUUGAAAUGGACAUUAAUCAGAAAAAAAUUGUUACACUCCAAAAAUCAAUUCAAGAUUUUGAUGGACAUGGGUCUUACAAAGAGUGCAGUAAUUUGUUGGAAAAAAUUGAAAAUCUUCAAGAUCGAUGGGAAGCUAUUGGACAAAUUAUGGAAGUACAGAGUCAAAGGAUUUCAAAUUCUGGAUUUGAAUUUGAUUUGACGAGCAACACCCAAGCAAAUGUGACAAGCGGAAAUGACUGGAUGUCAGAAACAGUAACGAGUAUUGCUUAUAAAGAAGAACUCGCAGAAGGGAUGCACAGUGAUUCAAAGAAACGUCGAAUUGAUAGUGCAACAAAACAGGAAUUUGAAACCUUGUUGCAAAAUUUAUACAAAUGGUUAGAUUAUGUCGAUUUGGAAGUUGGACGUUCGGAGGGUGUUUUUGAUGAGUUGAGUGUUGAAGAGAAAAAGGCAAUUUAUGAAGAAAAAUUUACAGAUUUGCAAUCCCAUCAGGGUGAAUAUGAUAAAGCGCUUGAAAUUGGAAAAAAACUUCUUCAAGAAAUCGAUCAAAUUAAUGAGCCAGUUGAAGAUGAAGAUUUAAAACUCAGAGAUCUACAAAAUCGUUGGAAAGCUGUCAACGCUAGAUUGCAAACAAUUAAGGAUAAAGUUGAUUUAUUAUUAGAGUUGAAACAAUUUCAAACAGAUUUAGCCAGUGUACAAUUAUUGCUCGACGGCUAUAUGAAAUGGUUUGAUGCGAAUCAGGAGAGCAAUCAAAUAGAACUUUUCAGAGUAAAAGUAAAAUCGAUGAAAUCUUAUGAAGAACGUGUUCAAAAAUUAAUUGCUAAAGCUAAAAAAUUAAGUGCGACGCAAUUAUCACCUGAAGACAGUGAAAAGUUGCAGAUCAGUAUUGAUAAAUUUAUUAAAGAAUGGGAUGAAUUAUUGAAGAAAUUUUCCAAUCGUUUAAAUGAGUUAAACGAAGUUGUCGAUAAAACGCCACCUAAGAAAUAUAAUGAAACAAUUGCCAAUUUGCUAUCUUUUAUAAACAAUGUGGAAGGAGUAUUAUUAUCAGAGCACGCUGUAAUGUCUGACGAUGUAACAAUGCAGGAUCAAAUGAAAAAAUUGACGGAUCUUCAGGCUUCGUUGAAAACACAUCAAAUAAACUUCGAUUAUGUCAAUAGCAUUGGUCAAGAAUUGAUUUUAAAACAGGAUUCUCAAUGCCAAAAAGUAAAAGAAGAAUUGCAAGAUCUGAACACAAAAUGGAGUGACAUUCCUAUUAUUUUAGAAGAGAGACAACAAAAGCUUGCAAAAGAUAUUGAAACCGUGAAACUAUUCAAUGUUGAACUUAAAGAUCUCGAAAAUUGGUUAAAUAGUAAAGCGCGACGUUUGAAAGAAAUAUGUGAAGACGCAUUUGUUAAUGAUGUUGCGACGACUGAAUUGAAAUUAAAUGAAGGCCGCGCCUUUUCCGAAGAAGUCAAUCAAACUAAGCCGAGAAUAGAAAAUCUUCAAACAACCGCCAAUAGACUUCUGGAAAAUUCCGAGCCCAAUUUCGCAAGUGUGUUAAACAAUCAGUUGCAAAAUAUUUCACAUAAAUGGAAUGCCAUUGUGGACGGAGCAAAACAUCAGGUUGAUAAAUAUGAAAAUGCUUUGAAGAAAAAUGAUGAGAUUAUAAAUGGAAUUGAAGAUUUCACAAAUUGGCUAUCAAGUUUAGAAAAGGAAAUACCGAAUGAGGGAAAAAUAACUUCAUCUGUUGAGCUUUUUCAAGCUCGUGGUCGAUAUCAAUUGUUAAAAGAUAAAAUUGACAGACGAGUGGAAGAGUUUCGAAAUCUCAAUGAGCUUGGCAAUGACAAACUUCUAAGUUCAGAAGGUUCAUCUGUUCACGAAUUGGGAAGGCGAUUCACGUAUUUAAAUGCAAGAUGGACGGACGUUACGGAUCGUAUUUAUGAACGUUAUAGACAAUUGCAGAAUGCUAGUCAUGAAUACGGAGAGUUUCGUGCAUUAGUUGCCCAGGAAAGUGAUUGGUUAGAUAAACUUGAAAAGAGACUAAAAAAAUCAACAAAAAGCGCUGACGCUGAGGAAAUAUCGGAAGAACUUGAUGAUUUAGAGAAUUAUAUUCGAAAUCAUCCGGACUCCCGCUUUGAUAAAUUACAAGAAAUUGGAAAACAACUUGUUGACAGCGACAUAAUGACGCGUACUAUUCAAAGUGACGUUGAAUCAUUAACAAGCCGUUGGGGUAGUUUAAAUAAACAGGCAGGCGAACGCACAAAGCAAUUGGAAGGAUCAGUGAAGCAAGCACAACAAUCAGAAGGGCGUAUUCAAGCUCUUCAACACUCCUUAACGCAAGUGGACUCCGUACUUACUGCUCGUCUCGACUGUGAUCUGACGGCUGAUGAUUUACCUCAUGACUACCAGAAACUAAUGGACGAAAUGGAAAGUCAAGAGUCAACCCUCCAAGAAAUGGCCAACCAAAUUGAAGCGUACAAAGCAACGGGAAAACAAGAAGCUGCUUCACGACUUCAAGAACAAAUGAUUUUAAUUGGACAGAAAUUUUCUGAAGUACAAAGGAAAUUCCAACGAUUCCGUAGUCCAAUUAAUUUGGAGCCAAGAUUGUCGAGAGCAUUGAGAGAACUUCGAGGCAUUGAGGAAGCUACUUGUUUAUUGGAACUAGCUUCCGAAGAUCCCGAAGCUAUUGAAGGACAAUUGAAACAUUGCUUGCGUUUCUAUCAAACACUAAGUGAAAUCAAAAGUGAAAUAGAAACAAUAAUUGUAACCGGCAGAAGAUUAGCUGAAGAAAAAACUGUUCCUGAUCCAGAUGAAUUGACAAAUCGUAUAGACACCCUUAAAGAUUUAUACAACAAGUUGGGACAACAUAUAACGGAAAGCAAAUCUAUUUUGGAAACGGCACUAGAUUUGUCUCGUGAAAUGUUCAAGCACAUGUCAUACAUUAACAUGUCAAUUGAGAGUAUAAAUAAGGAGUUGGAUAAUCAAAAAACUAUGCCUGAUUUACCUGUAAAUGCUAUUUACGUAACGGAAACUCUGAUGGAAGUAAUUCCACGGCUACAUGUUGUAAGAGACAAGUUAUUUAGAUCUCAAGAUGAAUUUUCAAAACUGUGCGAUCCAUCGUAUAUGGAGCAAUUUAGAGAAAGAUUGACGGAACUCGUCAAACGAUUAGCAAGCACUGAAAAAAGAUUGCGAACGUGCUGUGGAUCAGAGGAGCCGAAUGUUGACGAAAUAAACGCUUGGUUAUUCCAAAUAGAAGACAAACUGAAGAAACUUGAUAAUAUUCCAUUAGAACAAUUAAAUGAAUCUCACUUGGAACAAUGCAAGUCUUUACAAAAUGAAAUGGUGGAGACAAAAUCGAAAGUCAUUCAACUUCAACGUUACUGUUUUUAUCCAAAAGUAGCGGCCGUUUGUGAAAAAUGGGAAGAUAUCUCGAGAAGAAUUCAAGAAUGGAUCAUCAAGAUCAAUGAUAAUUUAUUAAUUAAAAAAAAUAAGACGAUCAAUUCUGAGGGGAGAGACAUGAGUGGAUUGUUUAAAACAAAAGAGGAAUUACAAUUACAAUGUGAGAAUGUAUUAAUUGACGAAAAUGAAAAAAUGUACGGCAUUGGAUAUCUCAAUCCUGUUUUUGAUUACAAUCAACAGAAACAAAUUAAAACACCAGAAAGUUCACCAAUUGAUAUUCCACAUCGCAGUAGAAAAUCAUCGGCUAAAUCGGAGAAAUAUAAGGGAACAGUGAUUGAUGUUAGUCGAACAGUUAGACGAAGAUUAGACAUGAGUUCAAUUCCCGAUGUUGUACAAACAUCACAAUUACAAGCAAGUCAAUCAGAUGAAUCAUCCUCGGAAUCAUCCGAGUCGGAGGAAAAUCUUGUGGAUGAAGAAUUUUUUCUCACGAAAAAUAGUAAACUAUUCUCUCAAGUUUCAACGAAUACACUGAAGGCAACUGGAGCGAGUGAAAUUUCAGUGGAACGAAAUAUUCAAAUAAAUUCUUUUCGCGUUGUUGAGAUAAAAGAAAUGGAAAUAGUAAAAUCAAUUGCUUCUGCCAAUGAUCGUGUUGUUUUACCAUGUGCAAAUGUUAGUGUUGAACAAGUACCUCAAGUUGUUGAGAGAGUUGAAAUUAUUGAGGACACGGAAACUGAGCCUGAAUCGGCUGACACUGAUGUUGAAGAAAAGGAGAUUUUGAAGAAAAAUACUUCGAGAGAAAUUACGCCAAUAAUAAAAACAAGUAAGAUGAUGAAAUCAAACUUGGGGAAUAAUGAGAAAUUGGAGACUCUAUCGAAACCAUCGACAUCUUUUGUUAAGAGAUUAAAAGAAAUUGGUAAAGAUAAAAAAUCUGUUACUGAAUAUUUUUUAUAUGAGGAAAAUAAGAGAACGAUUUCUUGUAAUGGAACGAAAAAGAAAAUUGUAAUGAAAGAAGUGAAAUUUGAAAGAGAUAAUGACGAAGUAAGUGAGGAUUGUGAAAGUUUCUAUGGAAGUGAUAAAGAAACGGAUGAUAUUUUGAUUUUUUCCGAUGAUACUGAAGUCGAUGUUAGGAGUUCCAGUUCGGAGGGAGAAAAUACUAAUUUAGAUGAGCAUAUUGAACACCUCUUGGAUAAGACUAAUCUCGACAAGCUUCGUGAUCCUUUAUUAAAUAAAGGUGAUUCGAGGAUUUUUGGAGAAAGAAGACUCCAUAGAUCGUCCAGCGGUUUGACGAGAGCGAAUCUGGAAAGAGAUAUUCUCGAUUUCGAACAACUUGCACAGCAAAUGCUGCGAAGAAUGGAUAUUAUGUUGAUGACGAUUUGCGGAGUCAAUAACGAAAAGGAUCCAUCGAAAAGACUUGAGUUGAUCAAGAGUGAACUCAGUUGUCUUGCACCGGAUGCAGCAAGUCUUAUAAGUCGAGGCGAUGGAUUGGUAAUGACUGUUCAUGUUUCUGAUCCAGUAAGAGCGGAAAAAAUUAAAAAUGAACAUCAAGAUAAGCUACGAAGUAAAUGGCAUCAAGUUAUGGCUGAAACUGAAUCAAGAAGAAUUCAAGCACAAAAAGCGGAAGAAUCGUUACGACUUUAUAAUAAACUAAUUGCCGAAUUUGAAGAUUGGUUUAGAGAUGCUCCACUGAAAUUGGAACAAGCCAAUAAUUAUGAAGGACAAUUGGAAUCUUUUACCGAAGAAUUCGACGCCAGACAAGAACAGAUUCAAAAAUUAAAUGAUCUUAGCAAUGACUUGAAGCGACUAAAUGUAGGUCAUUCCGAAAAUAUGCGCUAUAGAAUUAAUAGCAAGUGGCAAGAAAUUAGUACUCAAUUUAAAAGAUUCAGUGGUAGUAAGGAUAAAGAUAAACAUGUCAACGAUAAAAAAGUUGAAAUGGAUGUGGGAAGAAUUUCUAGUCAAGAUUAUUUGACAAGAUGUAAUAAACUCAGAGAAGCGAUAGCAACAAUAUCACGAUCAUUGAGUGCAAUGCCAUUAAGUGGAAAAGAUUACGAAUUGUUCGCCAAUCAAGAGGAAUGUUUGAAAAAAAUUGGAAAUGCACUAAAUAUUCUGAAACCAAGUGUCGAGGAAAUGAAUUAUCUUUACGAUAGUAUUGAACCACAGGCUAGAAAAGAUGAGCAAAUUAAACGUUUAUCCGACAAAUUAAAGAACGAAUGGUUAGAUGUAAAUAGAAAUUAUAUGGAGAGAAAUAAACGUUGGAUCAAGUGCAUUGAAAAAUGGAAGGAGUUGCAAAAUAUUUGCCGUAAAUUUGCCGAGUGUCUUGCAAAAACUGAGGAAAUGUUGAAAAAAUUGAAAUCCGAACCAUUUUCUGAUGGAAGUAAAGUUGUUGCCAUGGACCUUGAGAAGGAAGUGAUAAAAAUGCAAAAAACAAUGAAUAACAUUGCAAGUUCGACGACAGAAAUUGUUAGCCGAUCAACAGGAGAUGAUGUCAAAGAACUGGAAAACAUGGUUGACGAGUUACAGAAUCGAUGGCAGAAACUGGUUAAUGAAUUAAAAAAUUAUCGAGAAACGGAUUUCACUAUGGAAGGGAAAAUUAAUAUUGAAAAGUCCCUUGAAGGAGCGAGAAACAUAAUCGAACAUGUAAAUUCCCUACUUGUUUCGACUGCUAAUCCGUCAGAUGAUACAUCUUUGUCGAUAAGAUUGUCAAUGAUUAAGGCACGAGAAGAGGAAAUAAUCAGUCGCAGGAAAGAAUUGCAUGCCAUCAAAAGCCAACGGAAUGUUACCAAACAGGAGGAAGAAUGUAACAAAUUGAUUGCCGAUAUUGAAAAGGUUCAAUCAAGUUUGGCAACACAUCGCGAAUACGUGGAAAAUAAAUUGACCUCACUGAAAAAAUAUCUUUUAACUUUGGACACUGUUAUGACGUGGGUCAUGGAAACAAGAACGAGACUCAAUAUUUCCCAUGAAUUACCACAACAAGAGCGAUUAAAAGUUAUUGACAAUAUAAAGGCAAAUGUCGAGGAUCGUGAAAUGGAAGUGAAAGAUGUUUUAGAAAAUUAUACAAAUUUGGAAAAAGAGUGUGAAUCUGCAAAGCAAUCUGUAUCUGUCGAAUUGCAGGAGAAAUUGAAGAAGUUACGAGCCGACUGGCAAUUUGUUAAAAAUCGUGGUGAAGUGACAGACAUUGAUGCGAUUGCAGUUUCUCCACCUGUUGAGGCCGCUCGUCCAAAAGAAUUGGAGAAAAGUUUAGGAGCACCUGGACCAGUGGAAAGUGGUCGGGGGUCGGCAGCCUCUCCUGCCCCCUCGUCACCCUUAACAUCUUCAACUCCUGUGAUUAGUAACGUUUCAUCUUCGACUUCCUGCACGACAUCAACCCUCGUCGCCAGUCACGACAAAUCAGUGCUUCAGAUUAGAGAUUGGCUCACAGUAGAGGAAGAGAUGCUACGUCAACAGAUUGUUGUUGUCGGAGACAUCGACGAAAUUAUGCAGCUUCUGGAUAAACAGAGGACUGUGCUUCGAGAGUUGGAACAAAAAAAGCCGCAAUUAGACGAAUUGGUUCACACUGCAGAGAAUCUUCGUGCUGAUACAAAUCGACAACAGUUGCACGGCAAGGUGACCAAACUGAGAGAGCAUUGGGAUGAGACAAACUCGAAAGUAAUGCAAAGAAAGACACAGUUAGAUGCCAUGUUGAGCGAUAGUCAACGGUACGAAGCCAAGAGAAACGAGGUUGAAGUCUGGUUGGCAAGAAUGGAAACUCGUCUCGAGAGGAUGAGGGCCGUUGGUCAUACUGCUGAUGUUCUUGAAGCACAACUCAGAGAACAAAAGUCUUUCCACGCCGAGCUUCAUCAAUAUAAGCAUCAACUCGAACUAUUUAAUCAACUCACCCAGAAACUAAUUGCCGUGUAUCAACAAGAUGAUACAACGCGUGUCAAGAAAAUGACAGAGACCAUCAAUCAACGUUAUAAUAAUCUCAAUACCAGCAUCAUCAACCGAGGAAAACUUCUUCAUUCAGCAAUGAAUUCUCUGCAAAACUUUGAUCGUUCACUGGACAAGUUUUUGGCUUGGCUGAGCGAGGCUGAAUCAUCAAUGGAAGGUCUGGAAACUGAAGCUGAUCGUCUGGUUGGAAGGAGGGACCAAGUUGCGCUUCGACGUCCACAACAUCAACUCAAGGUGCGUAUGGAUCUUCAGUCCGAAAUCGAGACCCAUCGGGAUGUUUAUGCUUCGUUGAACGGGACAGGAAGGAAACUUCUCAGUUCUUUGGCGAGUCAAGAUGACGCCGUUAUGCUCCAACGACGAUUGGAUGAAAUGAAUCAAAGAUGGCAUCAUCUCAAGGCAAAAAGCAUGGCUAUCAGAAAUCGAUUGGAGAGCAACACAGAACAUUGGAACGCGCUUUUACUGUCGUUGCGCGAGCUUAUCGAAUGGGUAAUAAGAAAGGAUACCGAGCUUACCGGAUUAGGACCUGUCUGCGGUGAAAUGGCAGCAUUACAAAAACAACAGGACGAUCAUCGAGGUUUUAGACGUCAACUUGAAGACAAACGACCCGUUGUGGAGAAUAAUUUACUUAGUGGUCGUCAAUACAUCGCUAAUGAACCGCCAUUAUCGGACACGUCAGACUCUGAAGCUGGUCGAGAACUGGAUGGAGAUUCGAGGGGCUAUAGAAGUGCAGAGGAGCAGGCCCGCGAAUUAACGCGCAGCAUUCGCAGAGAAGUGAAUAAAUUGUCCGAGCAGUGGAACGCAUUAAUCGAACGUAGCGAUGCAUGGAAGCGAAAACUCGACGACACCACCAAUAAAUUAUGUGUCUUCCAAAAGAGCCUCGAAGAUCUUUCGUCUCGGAUGGCUGGAGCGGAAGCAAUUCAAAGCGGCUGGCAAAUACCGAACGAUGCACCAGAAGCGUCGGAAAUGUUAGAAAAUUUACAAAAGUUUGGAGAACGUUUAGGUCCCAUUCAAAGGAACAUUGAAGACGCCAACGAUCAAGCGAGUCUUUUUGCAUCAAGCAGCGUUAUUGUCUCACACGCUCUCUUAGCAAAACUUGAAGAUCUUAAUACGAGAUGGAAAGUUUUGCAAGUUGCAGUCGACGAACGUUAUAAACUGUUAAGCGGAUUUGGAAAGGAUGGCAGCACUCCGGGUAGUCAGGCUUUCCUCGCAAGUAGCGUAGAACCACCGUGGGAAAGAGCCCUUACUCCCGCCAAAGUGCCUUAUUAUAUCAACCAUCAAUUGGAAACGACGCACUGGGACCAUCCGAAAAUGAUCGAAUUGAUGACUUCGCUCUCAGAUCUCAAUGAAGUUCGUUUCUCCGCCUAUAGAACUGCAAUGAAAUUGCGCACCGUGCAAAAACGAUUAUGCCUGGACAUGCUGAGCCUCUCAAAUGCACUUGAGCAAUUUGAUUCACAUGGAUUGAGAGCCCAAAACGAUAAACUCAUCGAUAUACCAGACAUGGUUACUGUUUUGACUUCCUUGUACGAAAUAAUUGCAGCGGAUAAUCCCACGCAAGUUUUAGUGCCACUUUGUAUAGAUCUUGCCAUCAAUUGGCUUCUCAAUGUUUACGACAGCCAACGAACUGGACAAAUUCGUGUCUUAUCAUUCAAAGUUGGACUCGUUUUGUUGUGUAAAGGACAUUUAGAAGAGAAAUAUAGAUAUCUAUUCCGUUUGAUUGCGGACACAAAUAGGCUAGUGGAUCAAAGAAAAUUGGGAUUACUUUUGCAUGAUUGCAUUCAAGUGCCAAGGCAACUGGGCGAAGUUGCAGCGUUUGGGGGAUCCAACAUUGAGCCAAGUGUUCGCAGUUGUUUCGAGAAAGCGGGCAAGGAUAAAAAUGAAAUUGAGGCUGUGCACUUUUUAAGUUGGCUGCAACAGGAGCCACAAAGUAUGGUUUGGCUUCCAGUACUUCAUCGCUUGUCAGCGGCAGAAACGGCCAAACAUCAAGCGAAAUGCAACAUCUGCAAGGAAUAUCCCAUCAUUGGUUUCAGAUAUCGAUGCUUAAAGUGUUUCAAUUUCGACAUGUGUCAAACGUGUUUCUUCUCUGGACGAAAGGCGAAAAAUCACAAAUUAACACAUCCAAUGCAAGAAUACUGUACAGCGACAACCUCCGGAGAGGACGUGAGAGAUUUUACAAGAGCAUUGCGCAACAAGUUCAAAUCGAAACGAUACUUCAAGAAACAUCCGAGAGUUGGUUAUUUGCCAGUUCAAACUGUAUUGGAGGGCGAUGCAUUGGAGAGUCCAGCGCCAUCGCCACAGCACAGUUCAUUGAGUCAGGAUAUGCAUUCACGAUUAGAAAUGUAUGCAUCGCGAUUGGCUGAAGUUGAAUUAUCGCGAACGCGAAGUAAUUCAACGCCCGACAGUGAUGACGAGCAUCAAUUGAUUGCCCAUUAUUGUCACAGUCUUAAUGGUGGCGAUAAUGUCAAUGUACCGCGAAGUCCCGUACAGGUGAUGGCGGCAAUUGACGCCGAGCAAAGAGAGGAACUCGAGGCAAUGAUUCGCGAAUUGGAAGAGGAGAAUGCAACAUUACAAGCGGAAUAUGAGAGGUUGCGCUCCAAGCAAACGCCAGGCUCAACACCCGAGGACGGACACGGAAGACAACCCGACUGUGAUAUGAUUGCCGAGGCGAAAUUAUUGCGACAACAUAAGGGACGUUUAGAGGCGAGGAUGCAAAUUCUUGAGGAUCACAAUCGGCAACUGGAGGCACAACUUCAGAGACUGAGACAGCUAUUGGAUGAGCCGAAUGCCUCGUCACCAUCAAAGACCGGCACAUUGCAAACUCGGAGUGUGACUGCUUCGCAAUUAGCCACUGACUCUCCGGCUAAAAUAAAUGGUCAUUACCACGAUUCGCCAGGAGGUGGAGGUUCAGGCGAAGGCAGAAUAAGCAGCUUAGAAAGGCCGCCACCGCCACCACAUUCUCACAGUGUUUCCCAUAAUGUGGGUAAUCUCUUGCAUAUGGCAGGAGACUUGGGUAAAGCAGUCGGUGAAUUGGUAACUGUAAUGACUGAGGAUUCAACGAAGACAAAUGAACAGAGAGCACCUCCUCCAGCUUUUAAAUAAUUCCGUAAAAUGCGAGAAAGGCCUCUUUUAAUAAAUGCUUCGAUGAUAACAAGAAAAAAAAAUAUAUUGUCUUAUACUUAGUAAACAAGUAUAUCGUUUUGUAAUCGUUUCCGAUGACCAAGAAAAAGUCUGGCUCUAACGCAUAUCAAAGAACAAAAAAAAAAGUUUUUUCAUGGCUGUAACAAAAAUGAAUUGCGUAAUGGGAAUAGAAAAAGCGCAAAUUGUUCAGGGGACUUAACCAUCGGGGUUUUGGGUAUUUUAUAAGUUUUUUGAUAUACGCCACUGUAUAGCUGAAUUAUAAAAAAAAAAAAAUUAUAUAGUGACAGUUACAAUUCUUGGCUUUUGGCAGUCCCUUGAAAGGAACUAUAAACAUUUGACUUACCAUAUCAUGAUUCUUAAAUUCUUACAAAGAAUCAAUUGUUAUGCUUGCUAGCUAAAUUACAUAAAAAAAGAUUAAAACCAAAAAAAAUUGGUUAUAAAUAUAUAUUUAAAACAAUAUUACAAAAAAAAAUUGCAUGCAAAGCAAAUGUGUCGAAUCGCAUACUCUAUAGAUCGUAGACUUGUAUUUAAAAAAAGGAAAAAAAACAAUAUGCCCGUUAUGUUUACACUGCCACCAAUUUUUUCUCAGUUGCAACAUCUUGUAUCCAUAUCAAUAAUUCUUCCCAAACAAGGAAUGCAAAUGGAAAAAAAAUGUGGUUUUUAAUAAUAUAUCUUUGAAAAAUUUUCAAAACUUUAUUGGGCAAUCACUUUGAGUCUACGUUGUCAUCAUUGAGAGGCAAAACACUUUUUUUAUUCGAAACUAUAGUUGAAAAAAAAAUCGAAACAACAAAUGAUUGUUACGAGAUCCAAGAUUAUUUUUUAUCCAAUGACCAGAUACUUUUUAUACAUUUUGUAUGGAGACGUGUGAGGCGAUUACUUUUUUAUUUUCAAUCUCCCAAACGUUACUUAUAUUUAAAGAUAUAUUGAUAAUUAUUACUUAAAAAAAAUUACCAACUGUAGACUGUAUUCUGAUAUCCUGUAAUAAAGUUGUCUAGAAAAUAAAUACAUCUUCCUUCUACUGCGUUACCAUA